UAUCAGGGAACUUCAAUGUGGUAAGCGAGUAGACACCCUGAAUAUGAGAUCUCCUUUUUUAUUGUUCCCAAUUUGUUCCACCUCCCUAUACAAUUUUUUUUUCUAAUCGCUUAUAGUUGUGUUAAACGUAGUUAACAGAUUUCAUAAUUUAUUAGUGUAUUGUUAUAUUGGAUUAAAGUCAUUAUUAGUCCUUAGGCUUCGAGAAAGUUUUUAGAAGAAUAUGGCCAACGAACAGUUUUAACAUUUUUUUCGCGUAACAAACAUGUCUUCCGUUUGAAAUUUUACCGUUCAUUGAUUAUAUUCUAUAAGCUACAAUUAAAUUAUUUUUUUAUGAAUCGACAUUAACGGUGAUAAGGCAGGGUGCUCUUUUUUCCCCGCCUACCCCUAUAUAUUUUUUAAUUAUUUUCCAAUAUAUAUUUUUUACAGCACAUCUAAUCACCGAUGAGAUCCUUUUACAAUUAGAUGAAAGUGAUCUGACUAAGAUGGACAUAAUGGAAAUAGGUCCACGCAAAAUUAUCCUCGGUUUUAUUUCGAAAAAAACAGCGGAGCUUGAGCAUGAUGCCCAUGGCGAACAUCAACAUUUGCUGCAUGAAAAGACCGUACAAUCUGUUCUGGCCGAUGAACCGAAAUUCCAACGCACUUUGAAGCGCCUAAAUGCAGGUUCAAUACCGGUGCACAACGAUUUGCUCAAAAUGAAUAGGAUACUCACAAAUUUUUAUUUUGAGCGCAUGAUCCUGGAAGAAAAGAGGUAUCCAUCGUGGCGUGAGAAGCAAGAACUGGCUUGCAAGAUAAUUUCGGCUUUUCCACAACUGGAAAUUACGCGCGUGAGUCCCGAUGCCCCAAGAGAGUCAUUCUUCUUUUGGCGAAAUAAAGGUCGCGGAAAAGGUUCACAUCACGGGAUUAUUGAAACGCGUGUAGCAAACAUGCGAAAAGAUUUGCCUUCUGAAGAACGCAAAUUUCAAAGACCGAAACCGACAUCUAUUGAACUACCCGAUGGAAUACAUGACAACGCUUCAUACAUGGCAGCCCUCACGCCUUCUUCGCAAAACAUCAGAGAGAUUUCGGAAAAAAUGUCGCAAUGCACCGUUUUGCACCAAUGGCUUCUGCAGCAGCAAAUUGAGGUCACCAGCUCGAUACUGAAAAUAUUCCCGCACAUUUUGGCUUACGAUGGACUUAUGAUACAACAGGCUUUUGAUCGACUUCAUCCCAAUGCAAACAAGGAUUUUGGCAUGGAAUCAUUUUUGCAGAUUGGAAUGCUAGUAGAGGAAAACGGAUGGGAAUCAGUUGAAGAUGCUUACAUACGUGGUGCUUUACGAUUUCUGAAAAAACUAACGCACUGCGGUAUAAAGAGGAAGGUAGAAGAAGAUAUGACCAUCGAGGAAUUCAUGGCUACACCGUUGAUCAGAUGGGUUAAGGUCCAGGAUACAACCAGCAGCAUUGCUAUUAAAAAUCAUGUGCAUGCAAAUCCUGAUCUUCCACCCCAUCUUGUGUGUUGCGCCGAUACCUUCAAGAAAGGGGAUUUGUAUGUAGUCUUCACUGACUUCGUUGUCCCUUGCGGAAAAUCAGGAGACAUGGCCAUCGACAUAUUGUUGAAAAUUCAUCCUGUUUUGGGAAUGUCUGUUCCCGUCUUGCUCAAAAAGCUUUACGACCUGGUGGCUAUCAAUGUUUGGGGUAUACAGGAUUGUUCCACGAGUACCAAGGUAACACAACUCACCCUACGUUUGAGAGAAUUUUGUGAUACGUCAUUGUAAUAAAUCGAACCUAUCACAUGCUUUUUUUAUGAAAUCGAUAAGCGUACCUAUACCAGCACGGUUUUUUCUUAU